AUGGAGUCACUGCCACCAGAACUGAUCUCUCGAAUCUUGGUUUAUAUCAUUGACGGACGGCUGAGAAGUCAUCCUGGCAUUUCCCUGGCCCCUUAUGCUACCCUGUCCCGCCGCUGGCAGGCCCAGAUCGAGAGAUGCACGUUUUCCUAUAUCUACAUCACCACUCCUCGGCGACUAGAAGAGUUUGAACGGCUAUUAUGGACCCCACGCAGAAGAUCUUGUGUCCGGUUCAUUCAGUUGGUCGUGGAGCUAGAGUCAUAUGAUGAGAAAGCGCGUGCCCAUUUCGAAACAGACGAGGAGCGCCAGCGAAACGACGAGAUUUUUACCACGACUAUUGGCUCUCUUUUCAAAAUCUUAUCAGACUGGCCAGCUAAUCUUGACAUUGGAGUUGAUAUUAAGGCACAAUCUCCUGGUGACUAUCUCGCUCUCAAAGACCCGAAAGAGAGGAGGCAGCGGAAACGAGCGGCCGCAGAACGGGUGAAUGAUCUUCUCAACAAGAGAUAUGAGAGAUCGUAUCUCAAAUUCUCUAGGACAACUACAGAGACCGAGUGUCCGGUUGUUCCUGCAGUCACCGGUCUGUCAAUCUGGGGCGCUGCAAAAGGACGGCUCAUUGAGCCGGCGUCAAGUGUGUUCAUCGCGUCGAAACUGCCGCGGUUGAACCGCGUAGAUCUGGAAAUGCAGGAUGAUUGCAGACGGGACGAACAAUUAAGACAACUUCUCCGAAGUGACUUUGCCCGUAAUCUUGACCUCUUCCCUGGGAGUGUACAGCGGUUCGGUCUGAGAUUUUUCCAUGCGCCCCCGCGUAAUCAAAACUACCUUCCCCCUGAUAUUACGGAGGAUGGAGUAGAUAUCUUGAGUUCACAGUUGCGGACUUUCUCUCAACGACUGGAGCGUCUCGAAAUCAACGACUCUGUGGUAGGUCCAGAACUUUUCUGGCCAUCAACCCUCCCGGGCGACAAUCUUGUGAACCCGCCUUUCUGGCCACUUUUGAUUGAAGUUUCUGUGAAGUAUAUGGAGAUCACACCGUCUGGAGAAUGGCUUCUUGACCGUGACCCGGGAGAGACCCCGGAAGAUUCCACGGACGAUUUUGAUGCCACUUUCGGAGACGAGGAGGACAGUUAUCCCGAAUAUGUCCGAAUUCCUCUCCAGGAUCGCAAGUCAAAAUUCUUCCGAACAAGAAUCAUCGCGGGACACAUUGACAGGUUAUACGCUUCAGCCGGCCGAGCGGCCCUCCGGAUGCCUAAGCUGAGAUGGAUGACGCUGCAGAAUGUUGGACCCGUGCAUUACUCAUUAGAGUAUGAAGUGCAAGCGGGGCUGUCGAAGCUCACUUGGAGAAAUCAAGAUCUUACGGAUGGUCCGUACGAACCAGAUGCACUGGUUAGGCGAGAAAAGGCCAAGUCCCUAUACCAGCCGGAUGAAGAGGUCUUCGAGAUCUGGAGGAAUGUAGCAAUUCAGCAUACUGGAAGGGAUGUUGAAAUUGAAUUUAAGGAAUGGGGAUGCUGA